CUCUCUGAAACGAAACCGGAGUAGCCAUGGCCAUGGAUGCGCUGCAUCGCCUGUGCUUGCUCGUGUGCGUUCUGAUCGGCGCAGGGUGCUCACAAUCACCCAGGCAUCAGCGACUCCCCGCAACAACAACAACAACCGCUGGAAAUGUACAGAGGCGUCCUCCAGGAGUCGCUGGUGCCCUCGGGAGCCCCCUGAUUGGGCAUGACGGCCGUCUCAUCGCUUGCUCUGAGAAGAAGAGCCUUGUCGCCUUCGAGCGAAAUGGGUCCAUCGCUUGGAUGGUUACUCUCGGUCACACCUGUAAAGAGGGCAUCAGUCCGGUUGCCGAGAGGGAUGAGAUAUAUUUGGUGGCAGAAGAUAACAAGGUCAUAAAGAUAACUCCGAAGAAACUACACACUGCUGAUCCACCGUCAGAAGUAUUUUUCAGUUACAAUGCAACACCAGGGAGGUCUGAGGAGAUCAUCGGUCUAUCGAUCAGUGGCAGUUCUUCAUCUCUUUUUCUUACCAUUAGAAACCGUGGCCUUUUCGCUUUCUCGUUGCAUGCUGAGCUACAGUGGAGUGCAGGGCCUGUGGCUGAUCUCGUCAGCCGUCUGGGCUGCAAAACAAAUAUCUCAGGCUGCUAUUUCAAUUCACCUCCAGUUGUUGAUCGAUGUGAGGGAACUCUUUAUGUAUCAAAUACUGAAGGCCAGCUCUACUCCUUGUACAUUAAGAGCGGUCAGUACAGAUGGAUCCAAGACUUGGGCUCACUUGACAAAGUGAUGAAUAUUGUACCAGGAAAUAAUGGGCUCUUAUACAUUGUCCUUCCAAGGAAGUCAAUUGUAAUGGGGCUUGAUGUUUUGACAGGAAACAUUUCAUGGCAGCAGACCAUUGGUCCACUGAGUAAUGAGAAAAUCUUGCCACCUGUUGAUUCCAAUGGUUGGAUAUCAGUUGGCUCACUAGAUGGGACCCUGUAUUCAAUCUCCCCUAAUGGUGACAUCAGAAGGUUUCCUGAAAGAACAACACCUGGAUCAGUGAUCCAUGCAAGUCCCGUCCUUGACUGCUCAGGGUUUUCAGUAUAUGUCAGCCAGACCAUAAUGGAAGCAAAAUCAAACCAAACUAUUGGUGAUUCUACAUCUUUAUCUGUGAUGAAGUCAUCGAGCACUUUGCUUACUUUGUUGACACCGGCAAAUGGAACAAUCCACUGGACUGGAAACUAUCCUGGAGAACUAUCAGAUUUUCUGUCCAGUACUGACCUGAAUGAUUUUGCACUAGAUGAGACCAUUGUUCUGAGGUUAUUUUCUGCCGCAAGAAUUGGCAGCACUACGCAGUGCUACACGAGAAGGCAAAGAAUUGCUUGGACUUGCAGAACAGUAAAACCCAACUUUGGCAAUGAUCAAGGCGACCGCAACAUCCGUCUUGUUCUCUUCUUCCAUUUUAUUGUCAUAGUGAUAGCGAUUGUUAACUGCUUUUGCUGCAUCUUUUGGAGGAAGAAAAAGCUUCAAAAGAAUGGCUUGAAAAAGUUCCUGGAGAAGAGGCACUCUCUUCACACUAAGAGGAAAAUCUUAGGCAAGAGGAUAUCAGAGCUGGAGCAGAAGACUGUCCACGACGCCUCCUCGAAUGAAGCUUUGGGACAAUUGGGUGAAACUGUAAAUGCUAAGGAAUGUAUCGAGAGGAAACUAUGCUCCUCAUACAGCCUUGGCAGGGAUAUGCUAGGCCUGAAGCAUGAUUCCAUCUUGCCUUUGAACAGUACGAAGUACAAGAGCCAUUCGUUUCGCAACUCACGGGAAGAGAGCAUCACAGUCUUUAACACGUUUAGCGGCACCUCUUCCUCUGAGAAUGGAACCAGCAGCUGCUCUGGUGAAAGUGAGAGCUGCAGUGACUGUAGCUACGGAGAUGAGAUGCUGGGCACAAACUUUCAGUCAGCAGCACAAGAGGCUGGACCUUCCAACUAUGCAGAUAGAGCAGACCAAGUUUUUCAAGAUGAAUGUGUAUCUGACAUCAAAUCUACAAAUCCACACAAGGAAGAAUAUCUGAUGGAGGCCAUGCAUGAUAAAGCGCCCAGCAAGAGAAUGUAUCUGAAGAGGAGGCGAACUUUUCCUUCAAGUAAACAGAACAUUUAGAUAUGUCAUACGUGGGGAAUUCCUUCAUCAGGCGUGGAAACGUGACGACGACUUUCGCAGUUUCAGUUUCAUCAGAAUUAGUUCAAGGAUUAGCUUUCCUUCUUAACCCAGAUUAAGGAUUGGUUUGCCUUCAAGAUUUUGAUUGUUAUGGCCAUUGUUAAGAUUAGCACUUUGUUAUGAAGUUGUCAUGCUGUAAUCCCUUUAAAAGGAGAGCUUGAUUGAUGAAUGAACAAUUCCCUCAACCUCCUGUCCUCCAAGCCACAACAUCCACAAAUCAGAUUCGCAAAAUGUUCUUAA